GGGUGUUAAUGGUACAGGAUUGGGUACCAUUGUGUGUCUCUGGCUGUCUGUUAGUAAAGCUGAGGGAUGCCUGUGGAAAAAAAGUAGGAGAAGGUGUAUUUGCAGGAUACAGCAAUGGAAACUUGGUCAGUUGAUCAGGUCUGCAGUUGGUUGGUGGAGAAAAACUUAGGAGAGCUAGUUCAUAGGUUUCAAGAGGAAGAAGUGAGUGGGGCUGCUCUUCUAGCACUUAAUGAUCGGAUGGUGCAGCAACUGGUAAAGAAAAUUGGGCACCAGGCUGUUCUAAUGGAUUUAAUCAAAAAAUAUAAGCAGAAGAGUCAAGAACUGAAGCCCCCUGAAAGCCCAAGAGAAAGAGCCCGGUUCACGCAAGAAGAAGCGGCCCCAGAGGACAAAGAGUCCUCCAGUCCAGCCCAUCAUGGAGAGCAGAUGCCAUCUUUCUACCCAGCUGAAAACCUUGAUAAUAGACUAAUUGACCAAAGAGUCCUGAAACAGAGAAGGAAUGUGAAACACAUUGUAGCAAGGAACAAAGCCUUACAAUGGACUAAGUCCUAUGUUUUACCAGAGUUCCCUUAUGAUGUCAAAUGCCUGUUGGCAGAACAGAAGUGUCCCGAUCACAGCAUGAGGAUAAGAAUCAUUGAGUUUCUCCAGGCUGACAUGACUAAGUACCUGGAAGGCUCACUGUAUCCUACCACCCAGCAGUAUAAUGACGUGGUCAACGCCCUGCUACAAGCCCACCCUUUCCUGGACGAGGACGGCUGUGGCUUUUUUUUAUGGAAACGAGCCCUCAAAGAUCGCUUUAAAUAUGUUCGAAGACCCAUAGAAGAUGAUGAACAAGUGAUGAGAAAUAAGUGUAAAUUUGGACACCGAAGAGGCCAAACAAGGAAAUCUCUUGCUGAUAUAAGAUUUGAUGACAUUAAAACUGUCCAGAUAAAAGAGGAAGCUGUCUGUUUAGAUUCUAAGGUAGAUGAACAUAUUAACUGGUUACAGCAAGAGUAUGAGAAAACAGAAAAGGACGGGAGAGAAAUUGAUAAGAGGAUGAGCCAGACUUUUGAAAUAAGAAGAAAGUUGAUCGGCAGCCGAACACCCCUGAAGGACGUUCUUAAAAUGUUUCCUUUCCUGAAGUGCCCUCAUCAGCUGUUCAGAGAAUUCCACCUUCUUACAGGAACUGAUAUUUACAAGAAAACGAGACACAUUUUGGAAUUCUAUUCAGAAAACAUACUGGCUUCUUUUUCUUUGGUGGAUAAUCCAAUCAAUGUUGCAUUGCAAGAAAAAAUGAAACAGCAUACAGAUGAAGAUGUGCUGAAAUAUAUGAAGAUGACAGCCACAUGUUUACUCCUACCAGAUGUUUUUGGGGAGGAUCCCAGCCUUUUCGUCAUUGUGAAUGACAAGGUGCAAGUGUCCACUCCUGUGCUAGAAGUUAAGAACCCUUUCAACAUGGAUGUCUGCGAAUUUUCUUUGUAUUUAGAAAAAGAGAGACUCACCAAGGUGGACGACUGUGUGACAGCUUUGGCUGCUCUCAUAGCUGCCUUCCAUGUAUUUGGGAUCAAGUGUCCAAAACAACUGUCCCAAACCCUCAACUUCCUAGAGACACUGAUUUUUGAUAUGCACAGUCCAUAUUUUUCUUCUAUGCAAGAAAAGGAAAAAGAAGUAGGAUUUCAACACCCACUCACUUAAUAGCAUGCCAGAUAUUUUAUCGGAAUUGAUCUCUGGGACAGCUGAAACAAUAAAAAUUCGUUUUGAUGUAGUAGAGCUAGGUAUUAGAAAACCAUCUUGUCUCUAAGAUUCAAAGGAAUAUCGAUGCCUUCCAUCCUGACACUUCGAUACUUAAAAUCUUUCUUGAAAUGCUGUAAUAAAAUACUACUGAAUUAAA